AUGGCGAUUCUAUCCUACAUUACCACAGGCAUAGCGUCCUACUUCACCCUCACGGUAUCCAUCUUCGCCCUAUCAGCCGCCAAAGUGCCCAAGGCCGGCUUUGUCGCCAGAUGUCUAUCCUCCUACGCAUCGCUACUCAUAUGCGCCACAUACGGCGUCAUUGCGUCCAUAGUACUACGUCUAGUCGGAUACGGACGCGUGUCUCAAUGGGCCACCGCUCGCAGCUUCAAGUGGGUAAUGCGAUAUUCCACGGGCGUGCGAUUUGACAUCAUCGAGGGCCAGCAAUACCUCUCCACGCGACCCGCGGUAUUUAUCGGCAACCACCAGACCGAACUGGACGUGUUGAUGCUAGGCACUAUUUUCCCGCCCUAUUGCAGCGUGACAGCGAAGAAGUCUCUCAAAUCCUGGCCGUUUUUGGGCUGGUUCAUGGCCCUGUCGGGAACAGUCUUUAUUGAUCGCGCGAACCGCGAGACGGCCGUGAAGGCCUUUGAUGGUGCCGCCAGAGAAAUGCAGGAGUAUAAGCAGAGUGUGUUUAUCUUUCCGGAGGGCACAAGGAGCUAUUCCGAUGAGCCGGAGUUGCUCCCCUUUAAGAAAGGCGCUUUCCAUCUUGCUGUCAAGGCGGGUGUUCCUAUUGUGCCGGUGGUAGUGGAGAAUUAUUCGCAUGUGUUGAAUGCUCGAAAGUUUGUGUUUGAGUCGGGUGCUAUCAGGAUUAAAGUCCUCCCACCCAUCGAAACAAAGGAUUUGCAAACCGCCGAUGUCGAUAAAUUGACUACCGAUACACGCGAUACCAUGCUGAAGACUCUCACAGAGCUAUCACACAAGUCCGAGGAACAGAAAGAAGAGCUUGACGGUGGAUCUACCAGCACUGCCGUGGACCUUUAA